UCGAGUUCAUCACUUCCUCGGUCCAAUGGCUCUUCCCAAUUCCAGGCUCCUUCUGGCAUCUCCAAGCUCCAACUUCCAAGACUCCAGCUUCCAGCAGACUUCCGGAACAGGGUCGCCGGAUGCGGGGCCCGGCGACGGCGCCGUCGCGGCCAUCGUCGUGAUCGUCAUCAUCGUGAUAGUCGUCAAGAUUGCCGUAUGCUGGUGCAUCGCCAAGCGGUGCGUGGAGAGGGUGAGGGAGGAGGCGGCUGCCGCGGCGGUCGCGGCGGCGCAGCAUCCCGCCUACCCGCUGUUCCCCGACAACCACAUCAACCACGCGACCGUCGAGAAGUUCCUCUGGGAGAUCCGGCACGAGAAGCCGUUCAGGUUCACGCCGUCCCAGCUCGCCGAAUUCACGGCCAACUACUCCACCCCUCUGGGCUCCGGCGGCUUCGGCGCCGUCUUCAAGGGCGCGCUCCCCAACGGCCUCGCGGUGGCCGUCAAGGUGUUCCACAGCAGCUUGGACAGGAGGUCCGGCGAGGAGCAGUUCAUGGCGGAGGUGGGCACCAUCGGACGGACGCACCACGUGAACCUCGUCAGGCUCUUCGGCUUCUGCUUCCACGACUCCCUGCGCGCGCUCGUGUACGAGUACAUGGAGCGCGGCGCGCUCGACGCGUACCUCCUCGGCCCGGCGGGCCUCGCCGCGCGGCUCCCGGCGCUGCUCGACAUCGCCGUCGGCGUGGCCAGGGGGGUCCGGUACCUCCACGAGGAGUGCCAGCAGAAGAUCGUGCACUACGACAUCAAGCCCGGGAACGUGCUCCUCGACGCCGCGCUCACGCCCAAGGUCGCCGACUUCGGGCUCGCGCGCCUGGUGAACCGCGCCGACACGCACGUGUCCGUCUCCGGCGUGCGCGGCACCCCCGGGUACGCCGCGCCGGAGAUGUGGAUGAUGGCCGGCGUCACGGAGAAGUGCGACGUGUACAGCUUCGGCAUGCUCCUGCUCGAGAUCCUUGGCCGCAGGAGGAACUUCGACGGCGGCGCGCCCGAGAGCCAGCAGUGGUUCCCCAAGCUGGCGUGGACCAAAUACGAGGCCGGAGAAUUCAUGGACCUGCUUGCCACCGGCGAAGGCGAGGGCGGCGGCGGCGAGGAGGAGGAAGAGGAGAGGCAGGGCUGCAAGGAGAUGGUGGAGAGGAUGUGCAAGGUGGCGUUCUGGUGCGUGCAGCAGCAGCCGGAAGCGAGGCCGCCCAUGGGCGCGGUUGUGAAGAUGCUGGAGGGGGAGAUGGACAUCGCACCGCCGAUCAACCCGUUCCAGCAUCUCAUGGCAGCGCCUGGGGUGGGAGUCAACCCGUGGAUGACGACGACCACGACAGGCAGUGCCACAGUCAACACGCAAACGGUAUGGGCAAACCGCGUUUCCAAGGGCAGCAACGAGAUCAUAUCGAUUUAUUAGACGGGCUGCGAUAAUGUAGUCGAUCGUCCCACGACCACGAUUGAGGCAUGGCCUCUCGAGUCUCGAACCACUAUACUCCACCACGAUAGCAACCGGGGCAACUAUGUGCUAUUGCACAGACUGGAUCUGUUUGGUAGCACUUCACUUCGUACAAUUCAGAUUCAAUAUUGAUUCUCCGUACCAAAUAUAUAUGCUCCUAAAACUCCAGAUCCAGAAAAUUCACGAAUCUGGGGGCUAGAUCCAUGGAUUUUGUGGACCUCCUCAAAGGGUG